CAUCUUCAGUCAAAGCUCACACAGGUAAAACCUGAGUCACAUCUACCUGACAGCUCUGGAGACAGCCAUCACAGGCACGCCUGUACAGGGAUUGUUUGAGAAGACCACGGUCAGAAUCUUACAAGGCUUGUAAACCUUCACAGCACAGGAAAGAUGAGUACUGCAGAUUCCAACAGACAGAACCUCCUAAAACAGAUGAAAGUGCGGACAAAGUUUAAGAAGGACAAGAGCUGGAUACAUCAACAAAGCUCAGAAGAUGAGAGAGAUGAAAUCCCCAGCCCAAUGUCCCCACAACUGAAGUCACUCGAAGGCAGGAAAUUUGUUUGGUCUCCAACUCCAGAUUCAAAGCCUGAGAGGAAUUCAGGAACAUUUACAGCUAAAGAGGUUGUUAUAUCUUCUUCAUCACCCAAUGUUCAAACAAGCAACAAGCAGUUCUCUUAUAGUUCAACUGAGACAAAAAAAUCACCGUCUACGACAUCUCAGCCGUCACCACCACCAUCGACCACUGGUGGCAGGACAAAUACUUCAUACAUCAUAAGGGGUCAGCCAUUCAAUGCUGUCUCACAAGUCAAGAGCCCACCUAACUUCAAUGGAUACCAGAAGAGCGCAGUCCAGCCUCGAACAUCAAACAGCCUCCCGAGAGUCCCCUCCGCUACAGGCCACAAGAUGUCCACAGAUGAAUACAAGAAACUGGCACCGUAUAAUGUAAGGAACAGAUCUACAGAUCUGUCAGACGAUGAGGCACCUACUACUCAACAGGAACAAGUCACGAGGACCGAACAAGCCAGCAGUGUAUUAAGAAACACAUCACCCAGAGAUCGCUCCUAUGUCAUAUCUGCAGCUAAAAGAAACAGCGGAAUUGGGACAUAUGAUUCACCAUCUCCUUUUGUGGCACAAAGGGUGCAAAUACAAGACGAAGAAACCAGUCCAACCAAGAAGAGCCAAACGCUCCCUAAAACUCUGUCUUCAUAUCUUUAUGAUGAUCACAAGAGGGCUGAAAACCACUGGACAGAAACACAACCCAGACCACCAACAUCACAGGCAACUCCCUCCAGAGUAAGCGACAGAAGCAGCAGCCCGAUAUUAACCUCUUACUCUACAAGCAACAUUGUGGAGACCAAAAAGUCAGCAAUAAAACCUGAACCUGCGAAGAUCACAAUCGUCAGCAGCGACACUAAAGACAUAACCAAACCUUCAACUACUACUACAAGAACGGAAAGGGUGGAGACCACCAAGAAGAGCGACGCUCACCCAGAAAACCUGGCUUCCUAUCUAUAUAAUGAUGUUAACAGGUUUGAGAAAAACUGGACAUCAAAUCCACCUACACAGGCAACAUCUCAGACAGUAACUUCCAGGGUGGGGACCACCAAGAAGAGCGAAGCUCACCCAGAAAACCUGGCUUCUUAUCUGUAUGAUGACGUUAACAGGUUUGAGAAAAGCCAGAAAUUAAAUGCACCUACAAAGUCAACAUCUCAGACAGUAACUACCAGGCCAACAGACCGUCCAGAGAGCCCUAAACUGGUCUCAUGGAGCUCUAACAGUGAGAGCAGAACUUCAGCAGUCAAGCCUGGGCCAGGGAAAAUCACAGUCCUGCAUGGUGAAAGUGAAACCAGAGAUCCGAACAUCCCAAGACUAUCCUCCAGUACUACAGAGAGAAGUAGCUCAAACAUCCAGCCAGGACCAGGGAAGAUCAGAGUCCUUGUAGAAGACUGUGAUGACACUAACAAAGAGUCCCCAAAGCCUUCAGCGGAAAGCCGCUCUACAACCAGAAGAACGGAAAGCAAAGAUGUGCCGGAUUCCUUAAAAUUAACAUCUUCAUCACUGUCCACAAGAGCCACGGAGAAUACACGGCCAAAUAUACAGGCUGGACCUGGGAAGAUCACUCUCAUCAAAGACGAAAGUGAUAUAGGUAACAAUGGAGUAACAAACAGAACAACUGAAACAACAUAUUCAACAACACGCGCUAAAGUCACUAUAGAGACAAUAAAUGAGAGCCCAUCCUCUAAACCUGCACCCAGAAUGGAGGCGAAGCCAAAAGAAGCCGGAGCAGCUACCACCAGUGAUACCCAGCAGGAUCUGAUCAGUUGGUCUGAUUUGGAUACCAGGGUAGCAAAGGAAAGGUCCGUCACCCCAACACCGGUGCCACGUCAAACCAACAAAGACAGUGAGAAAUCUGCAGGGGAACCUCCGCUCCUUAUUAUCUCCCCAGAGCUGAACAGUACCAGGACCAAUCAGCCACCGAAGCCUGCUGUUAUCACCACUGUGGAUGAGACAGAAGUCAAUGACACCAGAUACCGAGAUUCUGAGAGCCUUAGGGAAAGCAAUAAUCAAUCACCUUCCGGAGACAGACGAGUAACUGUAAUUAUCUCAGACACGGAAACCGAGCGCCCUAGAACCCCGGAGCAGAGAAGUAGCUCCCCAAGACCCACCCCACGUCCACGGGAAACCCUUAACACUACAGUUACAGAGUCUAUACACAGAGUUCCGGACACUAUUGAAACCACAAUGCUAGAAGCAAGUCCAUCCAGAUCCAGCUCCCGUACAACAGUUACCACCACCCGCUCUACGAACCCUGUAUACACAGACUACAUGGAGGACUCUGACAAAAGAUCGACUCGAACUGUGUCCAGCUCCAGAGAAAAGAUCACCACAAUGACCUCCUCGGAGACAAGAUAUGAGAACUCCUUCUCUUCUGAAGCCAGCCAGAAUGACCCUCAGUCACCCAGCAAUAAAGGAGUACUAUUUGUAAAGGAGUAUGUGAACUCAAGAGAGAGUCUGAAAUCUCCAACUGCCUCCGGAAACUUUCCAGAUUUCUCCAAUGAUUUUGACAGGGUAUCCUACAGCAGUAGCUCCAGUUAUCUGUAUAGCAGUGCACCACAAAGAUCUGAUGAAAGCCCCUGCACUUACUGUGGUCGGGAAAUCAAAGACGGUCCAAAGAUCAUUCUAGAGCACCUUAAUAUCUACUGCCAUGAAAAUUGCUUCAAGUGUGGGAUUUGCCACAAGCCUAUGGGAGAUUUGGUGGACAGCCUGUUCAUUCACCGUGAUGUGGUCCACUGCGAGAGUUGCUACGAGAAGCUCUUCUAAUCAAGCUAAAGAAGAAGAUGAAGUCACUUCAACAGUUUAUUAAAGUUACAGAUCUUUUCAUUGCUUAGCGAUGACCUGAUUACUACAUAUAAAGUAUUUUACUACUUCUAUUCCACAUCUUCAGGAUAUAAAUUAGACCCUCGGAGUAACCGCAUCCUUAUCUGCAUCCUGUGAGGUCUUUAUAACUCUGUG